CCAACGAGCACACUUCAAUCAUAACAUCCAUUGCCAAAAUCCCCGCUUUCGGGGGCGUGGCGUGAUGCGCAGUCCGCCUACACUCUGCCGUCUUGCACCCGCACUGUCUGUCUGCUUGGUUGCUCGGUGUUUGCUGGAGCUGUACGCGUUCUGUGCCGUCGCUAAGAGGUCAAAAGUCAAGCCAGCUAUGCUGCAGUUGGGGACACACAGCAGCACCGACGCUGCUGCAACCAUGGGCUGGUCUGCUUGUCCAUUGGUAGAGGUGCGGGGAACUCUGGAUGAUGCGAACGCUUUCACAGAGCCGAUGCUGUUCAAGGCGCGGUAGGCGUCAUAUGACGCUGAGGGCACAGUGCACACGGCUAAUGCAAAUGAUCUUUAGUCGGGGCAGCCUUUGCGCGUGCGAUGGGUGACGACAUGGGUUACUACAAGUGCUGAAAGCUGUCAACGGCAUUGUUGUUGCUGCGGGUAUGCAUGCCACCGGACUUCUCUUCCCUCAUUAGAGAAUCUCCAGCAUAGGCAUGUGUCUGGAGAUUGAGAUAAUAUAGGACAGCAGAUGGCCACCCUAUAGGAAUUCAGAGCAACCAGCAACC